CCGGCCCGCGUUACCCCGGGACCGGGGUUGGGCAGCGGGGGGACACGAACGGGCUGGCCUGGGGACACCUGGGGGGGCUGUGUGACACCUGAGGGGGGACAAAGCCCUCCCCCAGCCCGAGCUGCCCGUCCCAGGUGGCUCCUGGGUGGAAUUCCAGGCUUAGGAGCCCCCACCCGACUUUCACCUUGGCCCCACACCCAUCCUGUGUUUAGAACCCUCCUCCCCCCAGCCCUUCAGGGAGCGGUUCCGUGCUGGCUUCCAGGGGAGAGCAGAGCCCUCUCCUCCCGGGGGGCUCCUCGGGGCUGGGGGUGAUCACUCACCUCACCUGGGUCCCUGCAGCUGCCCGGGCUCAGCACAAAUCCCAUCUUAUCCUCCUUGUGCAGGUGGAGCUUUGCAGGGUCAGGGCACGGGGUGGCUCCCAGUUAAACUGGUGCCUCCUCGAGGGUUUCUUGUGGCUCAUGGAAAACGUUUUGGGGUUUGUUUUGCUGCCUGGGAGAGCUGCAGGGGAGGCUCCCAGAGCUGCCUGAGAACUGGACAGACACGAGGGAGACGCUGCUGGAGGGGAUGCUCUUCAGCCUCAAGUACCUGGGCAUGACCCUGGUGGAGCAGCCCAAGGGAGAGGAGCUCUCUGCAGCCGCUGUCAAAAGGAUCGUGGCCACCGCAAAGGCAAGUGGGAAGAAGCUGCAGAAGGUGACCCUGAAAGUGUCACCCCGGGGGAUUGUGCUCAGGGACAGCAGGACCAACGAGCUCAUCGAGAACAUCUCCAUUUACAGGAUCUCCUACUGCACAGCAGACAAGGCCCACGACAAAGUGUUUGCCUACAUAGCCCAGAGCCAGCAGAGUGAGAGCCUGGAGUGCCACGCCUUCCUGUGCCCCAAGAGGAAAAUGGCCCAGGCUGUCACCCUGACCGUGGCCCAGGCCUUCAGGCUGGCCUUUGAGUUCUGGCAGGCAGCCAAGGAAGAGAAGGAGAAGAGGGAAAGGUCCAUCCUGGCAGCAGAAGGGACCAGCAGCCCCAGCUCAGGAGCUCCUGCCCACCCUGUCACAGCAGCAGCCCUGGGGAACCUGCUGGACCUGGAGGAGCCUGGCAGGGCCCCCCUGGGCAGCAGCACCGAGAGCCCAGGGCUGGACAACAGCAGCUUUGGGCCCAGCCCCUCGGUGAACAACAAUGUGGAGUGGGAGAUGGAUGAUGGUCUGGACGAGGCGUUCUCAAGGCUGGCCCAGUCCAGGACCAACCCUCAGGAUCUGGACACGGGGCUGUCGGCGCAGGAGCUGCAGAGUGCACAGGCUCUGUCCCCCGUGCACUGGAGCCAGCUGGAGCCCAGCCCAGCUGAGCAGGACGAUCUCUUCAUGUUCUGAGGGCAGAGAAGACCCCUCGGAGCCCUGCCUGGAUGCUGCUGGGAGCAGGGAGCUGCCCAGGGCUCCUCACAGCUCCCAGGGUGCUGCAGCCCAGUUCAGACCAAAGCUUCAGACACCUGAUGUGGAUUUUUGUACCUUGCUUUCACCUAAACCACAGGAUGCUCUGGGACAUCUUUGUUCAAAGUUUACAAGUGUUCCUGGGAGGUGUGGAGAGCACCUGCAGGGCCUGUCGCUCCUGCAGGCACCACCAGAGCCCCCUGGAGCAUCCCCCAGGCCAGGCUGGAGGCAGGCACAGCUCUGUGUCACUGACCCAGCCAGCCUGGAACAGCACAGCACCUGCCUGGCCUGGGAGGGGAUCUGCAGCAGCUGCUGAGGCUGAAAUCCAGGAGGGAGCAGAGCUGGUGCUUUGUGCAGUGUCUGUGGCACCCUCACAGCUGUCACUCACUCUGUGGCUCCCAGCUCCUUUCUAACCCAAAGACUUUUUUAACUCAAAGAAGUUUUGCACUUUAAAACUCGAACUGAAAGCAGUGGUCCGGAUUGUCAAGGUAAGCAGUGCCUGGCAGCUCUCCUCAGAAGCUAUUCACCCAAAAAGAGCCACCCUGGCAGUGCUGCAGCUCUGACCCUCACCUCUGAUGGCACUGCAGGUCCCAAAGCCCCAAAGUAGCUUUAAAAGCAAAACCACCAGGGAGGAAGGGUUGGUUUGCUGAUUUCUGCUGGAAAGGGCAGCUUGGGAGGACCAGCAGGACCACAGAUCCACGUUCCCAGCUUGGCCCAGCAGCUGUGCCUGGCCAGGACCUGCUCCUGCCCCAAAGCCAGGUGGCUGUUGCCCCGUGCAUGGGAUGGGGUCAGGCAGGAGCAAUACCUGGCUGCCCAGUGGUGCUCCCACCCUUCUCCCUGACAGCUCCCAGGGGGCUCAGGAAGCUCCAUCUUCCCCUGGGACUGAAAAGCAGCCAUGGAGGUACAACUUGUGCUAACUAAAGGCUGGGUUUAACCAUCCUAAACAGUCUGACUGACACUCGCAGUGUUCGUGGCCUUAUGUGAAGUGUACUAAUCUGUUUUAUAGAUUUGGAACUUGGGUUUGAAGCACUAAUUCAUUCCCCAGAUAGCUCUUUAGAACUCCCUUAGAACUGCUCACAGAAAGGAGAAAACCCCUCAGUCAGCUCUAAGGCUUCAUUAGGAAGCAGCUGAGUGGCUCUGCCUUAGAUUUAUUUUCCCCCCCAAGUGUGAGUGUGAGGAGGUGUUGAGGACUCGUGGAGCUGACUCAGCAGGUCUCUGAUGGAACCUGUGCUCUGUGGGCUCUGCAGAGUGGGCUUAGAGCAGUUCCACAUCCUGGAAGGGCUGUGCCCAGGAGUGCCUCACUCCUGUGUGCAGCACCAGCUCCUGGCCUGGGGGAACCAGCAGGGCUGCUGCAGGCACAGGGCUCAGCCAGGGAGCUGUGCCCGAGCCCAGCAGGGGCCCUGGGAGCCCAGGGAGCUCUGCUCUGCCAGGAGCCUGGGAUGGAGUGAGAGGGACACAUCCUGCUCUGCCAGGAGCCUGGGAUGGAGUGAGAGGGACACAUCCUGCUCUGCCAGGAGCCUGGGAUGGAGUGAGAGGGACACAUCCUGCUCUGCCAGGAGCCUGGGAUGGAGUGAGGGACACAUCCUGCUCUGCCACGAGCUUGGGAUGUGUGAGGGACACAUCCUGCUCUGCCAGGAGCCUGGGAUGGAGUGAGAGGGACACAUCCUGCUCUGCCAGGAGCCUGGGAUGGAGUGAGGGACACAUCCUGCUCUGCCAGGAGCCUGGGAUGGAGUGAGAGGGACACAUCCUGCUCUGCCAGGAGCCUGGGAUGGAGUGAGAGGGACACAUCCUGCUCUGCCAGGAGCCUGGGAUGGACUGAGGGACACAUCCUGCUCUGCCAGGGGCCUGGGAUGGAGUGAGAGGGACACAUCCUGCUCUGCCAGGAGCCUGGGAUGGAGUGAGAGGGACACAUCCUGCUCUGCCAGGAGCCUGGGAUGGAGUGAGGGACACAUCCUGCUCUGCCAGGAGCCUGGGAUGGAGUGAGGGACACAUCCUGCUCUGCCAGGAGCCUGGGAUGGAGUGAGAGGGACACAUCCUGCUCUGCCAGGAGCCUGGGAUGGAGUGAGGGACACAUCCUGCUCUGCCAGGAGCCUGGGAUGGAGUGAGGGACGCAUCCUGCUCUGCCAGGAGCCUGGGAUGGAGUGUGAGCAUUCCCCUGAGCACUGACCUCUCUCCUUUCCUGGAGCAGCAGAUCCUGACAUUCACAACACUAUCUAUGUGUGUCCAGAGUGGUUUUUUUUUGUUUGUUUGUUUGUUUGGGGUUUUUUUAAGAAAACCUGAUGCUGUAAAGAAUAAAAACUGCCAUUUUUUGGA